AUGGCACCAAAACCAACACUCAGCACUUCAAUCCAGCCGCCUCCAGGGCCCAGCGCAAAGCUAAUACUCCCAUCCGAAGACACCAGCACCAACACCAACCCCACUAUUUUCAACGAUGCAAUGAUAAUCCGAAAAUCCGUCUUCGUCGACGAGCAGAACUGCACCGCAGACUCCGAGAUCGACAGCGACGAUGCCCGCAGCUGGCACUGGGUACUAUACGAUAACUCCACCGCGAGGUCCACGCCGGUGGGGGUGAUCCGCCUGGUACCCCCGCCACAGGUGCCUCACGCGCAUGUCUCGGAACUGCCAUCGGUAGUUACACAGGGAGCGCCCGAGUACGACUGGACACACGAACCCAGUAUCAAGCUGACUCGGGUGGCGAUCAUGCCAUCGUUCCGCGGCCUCGGACUUGGGCGACGAUUAGUGGAGACGGCGCUGGGGUGGGCGGCUGUGCAUGCAGCAGAGAUAGAUGAGGCGGCGGCGCAGAUCGCUGCGAGGGGCAAGUCACCUGUUACUCCGAUUCCGUGGCGGGGGUUGGUCCUUGUGCACGCUCAGGUGGAAGUGGAGGGGAUGUAUGCUGGACUUGGAUUUGCAACGGAUCAGUCGCUGGGUCGGUGGGACGAGGAAGGGAUUGAGCAUGUGGGUAUGUUCCGCCGGGUGGUUCUGGAUAAAGAAGGAUCUACAGGGAGAUAA